GUGGCCAUACCCAGGGUAAAAAGUUUGGUCUGUUGCUAUACUUUAGCUUCUCUCGCCUUCCCCAAUUCCCAGUAUCUAAUGUGUUUCUCACCCUUAGAAUAAUCCAGAAUGGCUACUCUGAUCUUUGUCGAUAAGGAAAAUGGAGAACCAGGCACCCGUGUGGCUCCUAAGGAUGGGCUGAAGCUGAGGGCUGGGCCUUCAACCAAAGCCUCAGAUGGGAGAUCUCAGGUUUCAACACCAUGUCUUGGCAAAAUAUUUGAUGCUCCACCAGCCUUACCUAAAACUACCAGAAAGGCUUUGGGAACUGUCAACAGAGCUACAGAAAAGUCAGUAAAGACUAACGGACCCCUCAAACAAAAACAGCCAACUUUGUCUGCCAAAAAGGUGACUGAGAAGACUGUUAAGGCAAAAAGCUCGGUUCCUGCCUCCGAUGACACCUAUCCAGAAAUAGAAAAGUUUUUUCCCUUCAAUCCUCUAGAUUUUGAGAGUUUUGACCUGCCUGAAGAGCACCAGAUUGCAGACCUCCCCUUGAAUGGAGUGCCUCUCAUGAUCCUUGAUGAGGAGAGAGAACUUGAAAAGCUGUUACAGCUGGGACCCCCUUCACCUGUGAAGAUUUCCUCUUCACCAUGGGAAUCUGAUCCGUUGCAGUCUCCUUCAAGCAUUCUGUCGACCCUGGAUGUUGAGUUGCCACCUGUUUGCUAUGACAUAGAUAUUUAAGUUUCUUAGUGCUUUUGUAGUUUGUGUGUUUGUAUUAAUAAAGCAUUUCUUUAACAGAUUCUU